CGUAGGCGCCAGACCCGCCAGGAGCACGCGACAGCCCCCCAGGAGGCGGGGGCGCCCGGAGCCGGGCAGACAUGGAGCUGGAGCAGCGAGAGGGGACCAUGGCAGCCGUGGGCUUCGAGGAGUUCUCGGCGCCUCCGGGCUCGGAGCUGGCGCUGCCCCCGCUCUUCGGGGGCCACAUCCUGGAGAGCGAGCUGGAGACGGAGGUGGAGUUCGUGUCCGGCGGCCUGGGCGGCUCGGGGCUCCGGGAGCGAGAUGAAGAGGAGGAGGCGGCCCGGGGCCGGCGGCGGCGCCAGCGGGAGCUGAACCGCAGGAAGUACCAGGCGCUGGGGCGGCGCUGCCGGGAGAUCGAGCAGGUGAACGAGAGGGUCUUGAACAGGCUGCACCAAGUGCAGAGGAUCACCCGGCGGCUACAGCAGGAGCGCAGGUUCCUCAUGAAAGUGCUGGACUCCUACGGGGACGACUACCGGGCAAGCCAGUUCACCAUCGUGCUAGAGGACGAGGGCAGCCAGGGCACGGACGCCCCGACCCCUGGCAACACGGAGAAUGAGCCUCCAGACAAGGAGGGGCUGUCUCCACCCGGAAGCACGCCCGUGCCCCCAGAACCCAGCAGCCCAGCGCCCGGAGAGGGGCCCAGCGGGCGCAGGAGGCGGCGAGCGCCCCGGGACAUGCGACGGCCAGGGGCAGCGCUGACCCCAGAACCCCCAAUGCAGGUGGGAGCAGGAGGGAGCAGGACGGUCGAGGCUGGGAGCCCUGCCUGUGGCGAGGGGGCCAUUAAGGUGGAGGAAGACUUCGGCUUCGAGACCGACGAGGCCCUAGAUUCCAGCUGGGUUUCUCGGGGGCCUGACAAGCUGCUGCCCUACCCGACCCUGGCCAGCCCACCCUUUGACUGACCCCUCCCCCAAUAAACAGACCC